AUGAGUAUCUCGUAUCACGCAAGUAAGGGAAGGGAUCCGAAGCCUCGACCUGUGUCAACGAUCAAAGUUAAAGGUGCCGUUUUGUACGCCAAACAGUCGAAGAUGAAGUGGGCCGGACACGUAAUGCGUAUGAAUGACAACCGAUGGACAACAACAGUUAGUGACUGGAUUCCUCGGGAUAUCAAACGUACUGCAGGGAGACUACCGCCUCGAUGGUCAGAGUUCUUCACAAAGAGCCUUGAAGAAAGAUAUGAUGCUCGACGAGUCCCUAGAGCAGGCAGAACCCACUGGGCUACUCUUGCACGCGACAGGGAAAAAUGGAAGAUUUACUGGCGCCUGCUCGAGUCACUCGACGAUCAACGGGACUACGGGUGA